CAAAAUGCUUCAAUUGUGCACCAUUUAUGCCUGCGCCAAUGGUACAUUGGGCCUGAAUUUGAGUCGUGCCCCCUGGGAUCCGUAUCCAUGGGUCAGCGGGGUGCAGGAGAAAUCAAAUGCCGAACGCGGUGGCAUUUGCAUUGGUGAUACGCUACUAGAGCUAAAUGGAGUCGAUAUUUUGGGUUUACGCAUCAGCGAAUUGGCCAAGCGGUUGCAAGAACAUUGGCAAAGUGGAGCUGAAUGUGUAACCAUGAUGAUGUGGCGGCAACAGAGCACCGCGAACUUGACAACUGCUGAAGAUGCUGCCGAGGCAGAGCAUGCUGUGCAGCAUGGAAUCAAUCAACAGUCGCUGCAAAAGUUUGCAACAUGCCUGCAACAUAUUGCCCAAUUACUAGAGUGUCCCGUCUGCCUUGAGGUAAUCAAACCACCUGGCUGGCAAUGCUGCAAUGGACACGUUCUCUGUAAUAAUUGUCGGAGCCGUUCAGUAAAGUGUCCUGUCUGUCGUGUGCCAUUAGGACCGCGCGGACGUUGCCUCCUAUCUGAUAAAUUAUUCACUCUGCUUGCUGAAAAUUUUCCCUGCGAUGGUGUCAAAUCCAACCAGGUGAUGGCCCAAGGCGGCGUCAACAAGUGCACAAAUGAAUAUCAUAAUCAACCAAAAAUGGCACUUGCACUCGCCAAAUCAAAUUCGUGCAAGAAAAGUGGGAAAAUCUCUGGAGAGGCAGCGGUCCAUGUGGUUGUGAAUGGCCAAGAGGGGGCGCCAGAGCAGAGGGAGUGUCUCGGGGAGCAAAUGCCAAAGGGAAAUGAGCAAAAUGCUCGAAUGCGAAAUAAUGUCAGCAACAGGACGAUAAAGAUGCAGCGCCAGGCGGAUAGCCAGGAGAACUACAGCAACAAUAUGCUCGUUAAACCAAAGUUAAAGUUGAGUAAGAAAAGUUGGCAGAUUACAGGCCAAGAUCAAGACGAAUUGCGCAGCAAUGAAGUUGCAAACAUAAAUAAUGGCCAACAGCAACAACAGACUAUGACGACGAGAAUGAAGCAAGAGCAAAAGAUGAUGCUGGGCCAGGAGCAGAAGCAGGAGCAAGAGCAAGAGCAGGUGAUGCAAACAGCAGUGAAAGGCCGAGGCCAGCUGCAAUAUCAAAAUUAUCAUUGCCCCACUGGGAAAUCAUGCAGCAACGCGAAACUGAAACUUUGCCACCAACAUCCAACAGUAACAGCAACAGAAACCGCCACCACCAACAACAAAUUGUCAACAGUCAGAGAUGGAGAUGGAGAUGGAGGAGUGGUUGUGUCUGCGGCUACUGAAAUUGCAUUUGCGCCACUAAGCGGUGGCGGUGGCGGUGGGAGCAACUCUCGCUUAUCAGCGGAGAGUCAUACAUUGGUGGAUACAACGUUGACCCAAACGUCGGGCGGGUCAUCAAUAAAGUCCUGCGAGUGGCAGCUGCUGCGGCAUCUCAGUUCCGAGCACAAUCUGGCUGUGCUGCAUUUCUAUGGCACGUUUGGCCAGCGAAUGCACGUUCCGUUGCAUUGGCCCAAUCUAGCCUGUCUUAGUCUCAGUCUCGGCGAGAAUGACAACAACGACCUGGACCUUAGCCCUGCGAAUGUCAAAGUGCAUACAUUUUUCUUGGCUGUCAUACCAAUUCGAAGCAGAGAUGAUAAUGAUGACUGCGCCGUUUUCCUAUGGCACCUGAAUUCCAUGGACCAGCAGCCAGUACAAUUUGAGACUGUCAUCGAGGCGGCAGGCGAACGCCUCAAAUGGUUUGGACCAGCUCAUUCGCUUACGCGUAGCUGGCCGGACAUAGAGUCAACCGGAGAGUAUUUGAAGACAAACAAUUGCACUGCCUUCGAUAUCACUGUGAAAAGGAAACACUAAUUAAAUAGAAUAAUAGACUUUAAUUUUAAUAUACACAUAU